UGCGUAGAUUAUGGCAUUCUAGCACCAAUGUGUAUUAAGUGCACUAUUUGUGAACGCACUUUCUUUGUUGCCUUGCUGCUUGUAGGCUUAUGGAGUGGGUUUCGUUAUGCUGGUGUAACGUUUGUUGAGAUUCUUCUGUGUUCCCCUGUUUAGGGGAGUUAGUUUGGGAUUGGAAGUCUACGCUGGUGACUAAAGACAGCAGUGUGUUGUGUUGUGGUUUCGAACAUUAAUGUGUACGUUGUGGGACAGCAAGGUGUAGAAUUAUUAUUUAAUUAGUAAAGUCACAGUAUUAAAAUGUUCCAAAUUCAAUGUCAUUACUCCAUUAGUUUGUCAUCAUACUUAUAUUUAUAUCAUUAAAUAUUUACAUUGUUACCAGUGAGUCAUUUAUUUAUUGUAUGCACGAAGGUGCCUGGUUGAAUGUCAGGGGCCCGGGCAAACGAGCUAAGGCUUUAAUACAACCCUGACAGUUGGGGGCUCGAGUCCGGCUGUGACUACCAGUCACAGAACUAUAAUUUCAAUCAUUACAUAAGUUUUAGUUACUUGAUUAUGUAGCAGCAGUUUCUACAAUCUAAUAAUUGUUUACAUAGUAUUGCAUCACAAUCUACUGUACUAAUAUUGAAUUGUGUACCAUUGGCAACGAUGUAUAUUGAAAGUAGCAGAUAAAUACAUCCUUUGUGAUAUAAGUGAUAUAACUAUAUAACUAUACUGUACUAUAUACUAUAUAACUAUUGUAUUGCAAGAUUGAAACGUAUUUGUAUUUUCUUGUUUUCUAUAUUGUGCUUCACCUUCGAACGAGUGUCUUCUCGCUCCCGACAGCAAGCGAACGUGAGUGUAUAGUGGCUGUAAAGUGGUACCUGUACUGAAGUCUGAGGCUACUAGUAUUGUGUUGGAUUGUCCUGUGGCAACUAUAUUUCGACGCUGUGGCCUGAGUGAGGCACUUUCCUCCGACGUGGGAUACUGCACAGAUAGGUUUCUUUCUUUGCCAUUUAACCGCAGGCUCUAGGCUUUAGUUGAUCUCUUGUACAAUUAGUAGAAUUUUUUUGGUUCCCAUAUUGUAUAUAAUUUAAAUAUAAUACAGCCAAGUAGUGUACAUUGUAUUUACCAUGGAAACUAGGUUGACAAUUACUGCCCAGUUUAUAAGUGAUGGUCGUUCUCUGGGGUACGAAGGUGAAAGGUUAGAGAGGUAUGUGGCUGAGCAGAAAGAAGACUAUGAAAAAGCUAAGAAAGAGGAGUUUGAACGAGAAAAGGCUAGAUUUGAGAGAGAGGAAAGAUUGAAAGCAGAGGCGAAGGCAGAGGAGAAAGCCAGAUUUGAACGUGAGGAUAAGGCCAAGCGUGAGGAACACGAAAGGUGGAAAGAAAGAGAUGCCAGGGAGGAACUCAAGAGGAAAGAGGAGAUGGAACUAGAAAAAAUGAAGGAAAAGUCAGCAACAGCGGCUGGGACGGCAACACAGGCAGAGGUGCGGCCUAGAAAUGUUUUAGAUAAACUUGACAAGAGCUUCCAGGGAAUGAAGGAAGACGAUGACCUGAUGGCAUAUUUAACACACUUUGAGGCCGUCGCAACAAGAUUCAAGAUUGAUAGAAAGGAAUGGUCAUUGCUCCUGUCCUACAAACUAACUACCUUUCUAAGAAACUGUAUGCUGCGUGACAGUCUGUUUUUGAAUGAAAAUUAUGAGGAAGUGAGGACCGUAUUACUCCGACAUGCGGAUAUAAACGCGGAAACCUGCCGCAAGAGGUUCCACCGGGUAAAACCACGCCAGAACAAUUUUAGAGGUUUUGUCACAGAGCUGCGAAAUGCGUUGGACAAUUGGUUGAAAAUGGCUGAUGUUGGCAAGACUGUGGAAGAAGUGAAAGAGUUGCUGGUGAAAGAUAGGAUACUUGAGAAUGUGUCUGGCGAUGUGUACAAGCAACUGAUAAUAAGUAAGAAAGGCACGGUUGAUGAUAUGAUUGAUGUUAUUGAAGGUUUUAAGGUUGCUAGUGCGGGUGUGUCGCUUGCUAAGGAAGACAAAGUGUAUGUUGCGGCAGCGUGUAGUGAGCCUGUGAUGAAUCGGAGUCCUGGGGGCAAAAGGAUGGAGAUCGCUUGCUUCAGUUGUGGUGAAAGGGUUCCAAAGACUUACCCGAUUAAUUCAACUGAUAGGGAAGACGAUUGUAAUACUGUGGUCAGAGCACAUGAGCAGAGGCCAAGUGAUAGAUGACUAGAGGUCCGUCGCGAGUCCAAGAGUCGUCGUGACUAUAAGCUGAUUCCGGAUCGUUACACAGUGACAGUUAGAAAUUUACCAUAUAAUGUUAACUGGCAGAAGUUAAAGGAUAGGUUUAGAGAUGUUGGUUUGGUGGGAUUUGUGGAGGUUUUGAUGGCGAAUGGGAAGUCAAUGGGUAUAGGUCAUGUUAGGUUCAGGAAUCUGGCAGACGUUGCGAGAGCAGUUAAAUAUUUGGACAAGUCAAAAUUUGGAGGUAGGAAUAUUGUGGUUGUUCCUCAUCGUAUAAGCACGCGGGGAUAACGUGAUGAUAACUAAGGUACUCUGGCAAAUCC